AUGAUUAAUUUUAUAUUCCUCCAAGUUCAUUCAAUCUAUUAAGCAGUCAAUGUAUCAGCUAUAAUAUAUAAUCAUUUUGAUAUUAUCAAUACGAUAAAAUUGAGGAUUCUUUGUUAUCAUCUUCGCUGUUUUCUUUUAUUACAAUAAUGCUCUCAAAAUAAUUUAGUUUAUUCAAUACACACUAUCACACAGCAUUUUACUAAUUGGUUGAUAUCUAAAAGAUCACGUACUUACUUUCAUGAUUUAAAACUUAAACUAUACCUUCAAAAUGAAUAUGAUCGAUUUAUCCAUCAUUAAGUAAAAUUAAAAUAAAGUUUAGAGUAAAUAACAUCAGGAUUAAGUUUGAAGGCUAAUGAAUUCUUAGAUCCUUGCAGCUACAAUUCUAAUGAUAACUUAAUUGGAAAUAAUUUGUAAUUGAUGGUCAUCAGAGUAAAUUUAUCUGGUUGCAUAUAAAAAAGUAGCAAAAUAAUUAUCAUUUAUAAUUAUAUGCAUCAAUUAUUGUGA